AUGUCCAUCAGACAUCCACUAAUCGAGCUGGGAAGCCACAAUUUACCGCUUUGCGCUGCCAAUCCAAAAGAAUUCAUAAACUCGAUCGCCAACACGUGUCAUGAUUGGAAUGCUAUCAAGCCAUCCCGAAGAAGGCCCCAUUUGGAUAUUCUUUCCACCAACUUUUCCCCCUUUGAUUUUCGGAUUUCCACGCCCUCCAAUUCGACUUUGCAAACUUGCUUUUGUAGUUUGGGCCUUUCCAUUAGCUGUGGCAAAAAGAGCCCCGGAAUUUUUCCGUGGCUAUCCAACAUUUCGCUGCUCAAGGAUUGCCCGCAAUUCUUCCCCCCAUCCUUGAAUAGUUCUGAGUGUGUCAAUCAGAAUUGGAUUCGGUAUACGAUAUCUGUUGUGCCGUCUUCGGUGUCCUCAAUCAUUAGCCCGUGUCCCCACAUUUACAGCGUCGUUGCGGAGGGAGACCCAUUUUUUAUUUUGAAAAACUGUUCGUUCGUUUGGAACGGAACUUGCUCUGCCAAUUUGAGCGCAAAAUUGAAGACCAACAUCGAGUUGGCCGCCGUUAAUGAUUCCAGGAGCUCGCUCCAAGUUAUCGCAUAUUCUGUUGUGCUUAUUUCUGAUGACCAGCUAGAGCCGCUUUGUGAGGAUCCCAUGUUGAUGCACGGAUCUGUGUCUUGGAUUGUCUUUUCUUCUCGGGAAAGUGGCCAACAAAUCUCCAACUCUUGUCCUUAUCAAGAAAAGCUCGAAAAAAUCCUGACCACCAAUCACUCGUUUUUGGGGAUGAUUGGCCUGGGCCACAAGCCGCUUCCAGAAAUUCCGGAAUGUCUUGAGGAUUUUUCGCACGCCGGCGUCCGAUUUACCCUUUAUUCUAACGAAAAUGAAAGCCACACGCGAUCUCUUGGUCGCAGGCUGGGCCUUGACUCGGAUUGGAAUUCAUGCAUCAAUCUACUGGAUGAGGUUGUUGAUGGUCGCUUUAAAGAGUGUCCCGCACAAAAUAUCGCACAUUGUGGAGCAGGUAGACCUCUCCCGGUCGGUAUUUCUUGCAUCAGAAACCAUUUGCGGUCUGUCGAUAACUUGCCCCUGUUGGUGUCUUUAUUUUCGUCUUCCACCGUCAAAGAGACAUCCCAAAUGCUGUCUAUUUACUGGGAAUACAACGAAAUCCCGAUGUUUUGGGGCUCUUCACUUUCGGGGUCCGAACUGCUGCUUCGAGACUCUGCAGCGUUGUCAAUUAUUGUGGAUCCUAUCCCUAGGAUGCGCAUAUCUAUGCUCAACGAACCGAGCCUCACCACAGCCAGCUCUUCAUUUAACCUAUCGAUUGUGAUCCAACGCAUCUAUUCGUUGUUGGCGCCCUCGUUGCUGAUGAAGUACAACAUGAAGCCAUACAUCAUCACUCAGAUGAUUCGAGAGGCUCGAUUGCUCCAGAUGCACUACGAGAUGUUCUUUUCCGUGUAUGCAAAGCUGCUAUUUGCGUUCUUUGUCAGUGGCGCCGUUUGCGAAAAUCAGCUUUCCAUCGCGACAUUCUGCUUUGGCGUAUUUCCUGCCCUUUCCAUCGUUUUGUUGUUCCUUAUCGACAUUGUACCUGGGGACACCGAUGUGAUGAAAAAACUUCCAAAAAGAGGCUGGACAACAAAUCUUGAAAGCUCGGAUUACAAUGAAUACGACCCGGAGCUUGAGAAUGUUCCGCACUAUUUUUGGUCCACAUUUAAGCUGCUCAAAUCGUGCGUCUCGCUCGUGGGGAUGCUGUGUUUCUGCCGGUGGAAAUAUUCGCAUGAUGUGGCGCUUUUGAACUGCUCCCUUUUUGCGGUCACGUGUCUUUGCACGCUAUUUGAAAUUGGCUCUCUCAAGCCGUUGGGGUCCAAAAUCUCUCAAAGCUUAAUUUUGACCUUGUCUGGCUGGAAUGCAGCGUUGUUUGUGAUUGUGCAUUUUGUUUUUGGCCUGCAGUUUUCCGUUAAUGUGGACAUCUUGUACAUCAUCCCGAUGUCGUUCAUUUGGUACUAUCUAGAUGAGGAUAUGAUACAUGCGCCGCGUAGGGAGCUUGAGAAGAAGCUUCAAAAGCUGAGAAAGUUGGAGUUUAACACACGGUUGGGCAUGCACUCUCCAAUAUAA